UAUAUCACUGAAUAAAGUUUCAAAUCAAAGCUUUCGUACAUUUUUGGAAGUUUAUAUCGGAAAUAAUGUUCCUAUAGAAACAACUUGAGACUUGGAUACAUAGAUAACAUUUUUGGCAAAACAAUGAGUAAAAUUAAACUUGAACUGUCUGGUAAAAAUGUUUGGGUUAGUAUUAACGAAACUACCGAUAUAGAAGGUAGGUUGUUGCUAAUGUAAUUGUUGGUAUACUUGAAGCAGAUUACCCGGGUAAACAAUAUUUAGUACAUUCAGAACAACUAGAAAAAAAAAUUAUUCGACUAUAGCCAGAGUAUUCGACAAAUCUAUUGAAAUCAUUGGUAUUCAACACGAGGAUGUUUUAUUGUUUACAUCCGACGCCGCUCCCUCCCUAUAUGAUAAAAGCUGGUAAUACAUUGAAAGUAUUUUAUCCCAAAAUGAUUCAUAUCACGUAUACGGUUCAUGGACUCCACCGAGUAUUUGAAGAAGUAAGAAGCAAGUUUAGCAAUGUCGACAAACUUAUUUCUAGUGUUAAAAAAAUAUUCCGAAAAGCAUCAAACCGUGUUCAACUGUUCAAAGAUAAAGCUCCUCAUUUACAAUUGCCACCGGAACCUAUUAUUACACGCUGGAGUACGUGGAUCAUAACCUCAAAUAACUAUUGUGAAAACAUUGAAAUCAUACGUAAAAUUCUUGAAAAACUAGACGCCGAUGACGCCGUUAGCAUCAAAGAGGCUAAAAAAUAUACUUCCGAAGUACAUCGAGUGAUCGUUUUCAAUGAACAAGACACUACUCAGUAACAAUCGAAGAUCAUUUCACUUUGAAAACUUGUACAAACAUCUGAUUAUUCAAUGUAACUUUCAGGAUCAAUCGCAGAAUAAAUGAGUACCACAAGUUGUUCAUGAUACAAUAAAGUACAGUCAUUCCGA